AUGUGCACCAACCUACAAAUUAUAUUAUCAAUAUACCACAUGAUUUUUAUCGCUUUUAUUUUUUACAAUGAUAUUAGAGGAUAAAGAGAUUUUCCUAAUAAUAAAAACAGAAGAUAAAGAAACUUGAAUUAGUUUUCAUGGUAGUCAAUUUAAAAGAGAAGGAUAAUUAAUUAGCUGAAUUUUAUUUUAUUUUUUGUCUUUUUUACGUCUUAUUAAUCUUUUCCUAUUUAUUUAAUUAUUGCUAACUAAGUAAAAUAGUAAUGUUUUUAUAUUUUUAUAUUUUUUAAUGAGAAAUAUUGUUAAUUUCUGAAAAAAUAUUUCAUGAAUAAUUUUCUAUAAAAAUUAAAUAAAUAAAAAAACACUCACAAAGAACAGUAACCUGACUAGACGAGCUGCAAUCUUAUCCUUCCCUACAAUUACUCCCUGCAGGUUCAGUCUGUUAUGUGUUUGAGCCUUUGAAAAGAUCUUUCUGUUAGGAUUUCUUUCCCAAGAACAACAAACAAGGGAUGAAGAAGAAAGCCCUAAACUUUACUCCUCAACUUCAAAAGUUCAACUAGCAUUGCACCCCCAACAACACUUUCAAAUUAGAAAAAAGAACUGUUCUUUUUUCUUGGAAAUCUUGGAAUAAGAAGAUAUGCAGUCUAAUUUUGACAUAUCAGAGAUUGGUAACCAGCAACACUUGAUGGAUAUUAGUAAUUCUUGCUCACCAAUUUUGCCCAUGUUCAAUCAUCAGAAGCAAAACCCCCACCACCCCCAUUUCAAUCAACAACUUGAGCAGCCUGAGCCAUAUCAUAUCAGUCACCUUGUUCAUCCCACUCCCAUUACCCACGACUUGUUUCAACGCCAGCAUCUUCAAGCAUUGCAGCAGCAAGGAAGGUUGCACUGGCAGCUGGGUCCUGUAAAUUUCAAGCUUGGUCUCAAUGAGAACAGUGGAAAUGGAGAAAGUGCUCUGCUUGGCGCUGGUUUGUUUGAUGAUGAAAAUGGAGACGACCCUCGAUUGCUUCAGAGUCGAAUGCAUAACUUAGGAUUCAAAAGUUGGCAAACCCAUGAACCCAUGUGCUGGAAGCCUCUCGAUGCAGCAAUUCCCGAGACCAACAGAAAGCAGAAGGAAGCCAAUGAAGGAGAUAUAUGCAAGGACUUGGAGAACAAAUACAGGCUCUAUGGUGAGCUUGAAGCAAUCUAUAGCCUUGCAAAGAUGGGCGAGGCUAAUCAAACGGGCUCUGGCUCUGCACUCACUGGUGAAAACUCCCCUAAAAAUGUAGACUUGCCUGUGCCUUUUUGUGAUCCACAUGACCUCAAUGUUGCUCCAACUGCUCAAGUUAGGGUGGAUAAUGGGUCGGAAGCCUCCAUCGGAGAAGAGUCUUCGCCGAGGAAGAUUGAGAAGAGGAAGAGAAAGAGGACAAUGAAGAAACAAUUAAGUUCAGUGAUUAGCUUCUUUGAGAGCUUGGUGAAGCAGGUUAUGGAUCACCAAGAGAAUCUUCAUAAGAAGUAUUUGGAAGUGAUUGAAAGAAUGGAUAAAGAGAGGAGGGAGAGAGAAGCUGCAUGGAGAAGUCAAGAGGCUGAAAACCAUAAGAGAGAAGCCAUUGCCAAAGUCCAUGAACAGGCUCUGGCUUCAAGCAGAGAGGCACUCAUUGUUUCUUACAUUGAGAAAAUCACUGGCCAAAGAGUCAAUCUUCCUUCAAGGCAAGCCCCAUUGUUGUUGCAGCCUGAUAAUUUAAAUGAACCCCCAGUGGAGGAAUUGACACCCUUCAAAAUUGAUCACACAAAUAGCAGAUGGCCUCAAAGUGAAGUUAAGGCAUUGAUUCUAGUGCGAAGUAGUAUAGAAUCAAAGUUUCAGGAACCAGGGGUGAAAGGGCCUGUUUGGGAAGAGGUCAGUGUUUUAAUGGGUUCAAUGGGUUAUCAAAGGAGUGCCAAAAGGUGCAAACAAAAGUGGGAGAACAUCAACAAGUACUUUAGAAAAACCAAAGACAGUGCCAAAAAGCGUCCUCAUAAUUUCAAAACUUGCUCGUAUUUUAAUCAGUUGGAUCAGCUGUACUCAGGAACACCCAUCACCGCCCCUUCAUCUUCGUCUUCCUAUUAUUCUAGUAACCCUUCAGCUAGCAUGGAUGAUAACAUUCCAAAGCAAGGUUUUUCAGAUCUUUUGGAAGCCUUCGUUGCAGGGAGAGAGGCAGGAGUUGCACAUAAUCUGUCUAGUGGCAAUUUUGAAAUCUCUGAAAUGGGGUCCAAUAGGUUGGAUUUUGAUGGCAUUAUUGGUGGUAAGGUAGAAGAUGUGCAAGGAGACCUUGUGAAGGAGAAGGAAAACCGUGAGGAUGACGAGAACGUGGAUGAAACGGAAGAUACUGAUGAUGAUGAUUCUGAUGAAUGAGGUAGAGCAUGACCAUCAGACAGAAAUAGAAAGAUGAAAUGUAAUUGGAAGGCAAGGCAUGCAUGCACACAGAGACUCAGCAUAUUCAAUCGAGCUGUUGCAUUAACAAUUAUAAGCUCUGAAUCUGAAAAUGAGUGACCUUUUUUGCAACUUGUACGUGGAGGUGGACGCAUCAGAAUUGAAAUUAAUAUUGUUUUUAUUUAUUUAUAAUGUUUGGCUUUACUCAAUCUAGAAAUGCCAACAGAAAAGAAAAAUAACAAAGAUGGUAGGGUUUGUGGCUGAGAUAAAAGGUUUUUUUUUUUCCCCACUUGCAAACGAAACGACCACAAAUUUCCAAAGACGUAGUCGUUAUAUAGUUCUUGCUGUGAGGGACCCCAAUUCAGUGGGUUUAAGUAGAUAGAUCCAAGUCUAACACAGUUGUUAUCGUCUGAUCUGAUGUUUUGUUGUAUUUGUUCGGAAA